CAGCAUUUAGUGAGGGGCGGGGCUGUGACGAGAGGAUAGCAACAGUUGCCCCGGUGAAGGCAAGGCGCCAUAGACACGGUAGUCCUGGCGACUAGAGCCAAGCAACGGGAGUCAACAAUAACAACCUAAAUAACUAGUGCCUCAAAGCCCUGGUUGCUAUGGCAACUUCUGGAUACUCAGAGGACCUUCAGCCUCAGCAGACCAACACAGUAACCAUAGCAACACCUGCUUCCACCACACCCUCAUCCGCAAAGACAGCACACUUCCUUUCCAACAUCCCAGCAACCUCAGGAACCAUUGCAUCAGUAAACCAAUCAGCUGCUGCCUCAAAAACAGGACAGGAUGCACUUUGUUCUCAAUCAACGCCCACCCAGGCCCACAGCCAGAAGGCUGUGGUUCUGACCACUCCUGCCCAACACUAUGUUACCCCUGAAAUCCAGGCAACUGCGAUCCAGAAAAGUAAUGGUCAGGGCAGCUCUCCUCAGUACAUCAUAGUUACUGUUACAGACGACUCUGUUCACUCCAAUGACAGUCUGUCGGACUCUAGUCCACCUGCCCCUGGUGUUCCUACUCAGGUAGUCCAACCAGUUCAGAACACCACACAGCAGAGGUCAGUGUUGCAAGCAGCCAAGAGGAUUCAGAGUGGCCACGUCAACAGCCUGCAGUCUGUGCACAUUAACCAAGAGGUGUACUCUGGUCAGGUGCAAUAUGUAGAUGGAGGAGGAGACGCAACAUUUACUACAUCCACCAUUCGAGCAAGCAACUACCCUUUCUCGGACUCGCCCAUCUACUCUCAGACUCCUCCCCCCUCGUCCUCCUCGUACUACGAGGCCACGCCCAGUUCAGAGUCAGACCUCAGCUCUGUGACCUCACAGUCGGUUUCUGUGGCAACAGCAGGAGCCAAUAGUGGGGGAGCAGCUGUGGGCGGAGGGGGCUAUGUCAUUCAGGGAGGUUAUAUGUUAGGAGGUGGAGGAGCAGGUGUUGGAGGACAGAGUUACUCCAGCCCAAACUCUCGGGCGCCCCCUGCUACUGUGCAAUGGUUGUGUGAUAACUACGAGGGCGCAGAGGGGGUGAGUUUACCUCGCUGCACUCUCUACUACCACUACCUGCUGCACUGCCAGGAGCAGAAACUCGAACCUGUUAAUGCUGCAUCCUUUGGCAAACUCAUCAGGUCCGUCUUCAUGGGGCUACGGACACGGAGAUUAGGAACCAGAGGGAACUCUAAGUAUCACUACUAUGGCCUCAGGAUCAAAUCUGGCUCCGCUCUGCUCAGACUGAUGGAUGAACAACAGCACAUGGCCAUGAGGCAGCAGCCUUUCUCACAGAAAAGCAGGAUAAAGCCACUUCAGAAGACACAGGGGAUCACCAAUGGGACAUCAGGUGGAAUGGGACAACAGCAGGGGGGAGCACUCUGUGAUAUAUCAGCACAGGUGCAACAGUAUCAACAGUUUCUGGAGGCUUCCAGGCUGCUACCAGACUUUGUGGACCUUGAUCUGCAUGAUCGGACCCUGCCUGAUGGGAUCCUUUCAGAACACCUAAAGGCCUUUCAGACUCUCUACAGAGAACACUGUGAAGCCAUACUGGAUGUGAUGGUCAACCUUCAAUUUACUCUUGUGGAAACACUGUGGAAAUCCUUCUGGAGGUUCAGCCAGAGCAGUGACACAGAAUCCCUCAACCUACACCAUGAGUCUGAGAAGCGUCUGCCCAAAUCUUGCCUGGUGGUUCUGUGUAAGUUUGAGCCUGUGCUGCAGUGGACCAGAGAGUGUGACAACCUGCUCUACCAGACUCUGGUGGAGAUCCUCAUCCCUGAUGUGCUGAGACCUAUCCCCAGUGCCUUAACCCAGGCCAUACGUAACUUUGCCAAAAGUCUGGAGAGUUGGCUGUCAGGUGGCAUGAUGAACAUCCCAGAGGAGAUGGUUCGCAUUAAGGUGGUGUGUGUAAGCGCCUUCUCUCAGACGCUGCGCCGCUACACCAGCCUGAACCACCUGGCCCAAGCAGCACGCGCCGUCCUCCAGAACUCUGCCCAGAUCAACCAGAUGCUUUCAGACCUCAACCGAGUGGAUUUCACUAACGUACAGGAGCAGGCCUCCUGGGUGUGUCAGUGUGAAGACAGUGUAGUACAGAGGAUAGAGCUGGACUUCAAAACGACUCUGCAGCAGCAGAACUCUCUGGAGCAGUGGGCCACCUGGCUUGAUGGGGUCGUCACUAAGGCCCUAAAACCCUACGAGCAAAACCCCGCCUCUCUACCAAAGGCUGCCAAGAUCUUCCUGCUCAACUGGUCCUUCUAUAGUUCUAUGGUAAUCAGGGACUUGACUCUGCGUAGUGCUGCCAGUUUUGGCUCCUUUCACCUGAUCCGCUUGCUAUAUGAUGAGUAUAUGUACUACCUGAUAGAACACAGGGUGGCCCAGGCUAAAGGAGUCACCCCCAUCGCUGUCAUGGGAGAAUUUGCAAGCACAAUCAAGAGUCGAAACUCUGCAGACCUGGACAAAGAAGAAGAAGAGGACGAUGAUGAAGAAGAGAGCGAGGAUGAGACCGGAGACCUGGUGCUGCAGUCCAGCUCUCUGAGUGCAGUCGACGAGGAGAAGGAGCCGAUGGAGCCACCUGCAAAGCAGCCCAGGACGAGUUUAAGUCUGCACACUCUGACUGAGGGCACACCUCUUUAAAUACUCACUUUAUAAUCUUCAUACACACACACAUGCAUACACUUCACAUAAUCAUGUGCUCUAAGUUUAACAUCAUGUCAUCCCAUCCUGUCGACCCGUGUCCACUUCUCGUUUGCCAACAGACAAUGUUUUUCUGUGUGGUGGUGUGGUGUGUGUAAUCAUACAUGUAUGUGAAAGUGUGAACAUUUUCCAACUUCUUUUCCUCUGCAUUUGUGCUGCCAUUAUUUUUUCCUUUCUGCCUUCACUCUUCUUGUGCCCUGUGCCUUCCCUGUCCAUCCAGUGUCAGUAGCCACUCCUGUCCAGCCUCAGCUCUACUUUAUACAGUAUGGAUAUAUUCUUGAUUUCCCCUUGCCCCGCCUUAAUCAAUGACCUGAGGGCUGAAGAGAGAGGUUCUCCACUUUGCCCUCUAUAUCACUCAUUUUGCCGUUUAAAGCAAUGACUAUGCAGGGAAGCUGGACUUUAGUGAAUGGUACUUUCUAAACUAUACUUUUUUUUUUACCAUCAGAGUAGCAUCUGGAAUGAUACUGCAUCAUGUUGUUGGCAUGUGGAUGUUAAUUGAAAGGAAUUAGCCAUAUUUUUUAUUUUUUUCACAUAUUCAUUUGGCCAUUUGACUGAUUACCCUGUGCCUUUGAGAGAUUACUAGUCUGGGAAAAAACUGUAUUCUAUAUAUUAUGUAUUGGUGGAUUAAUAAAUGAUGGUCCUGUGGAAUAGUCUCGGUGUCGUCAUGGCGUUUAAAAAAAAAAAAACCUGAGAUAGUGACUGUAAAGCCUAGUUGUGGUGAUUCUUCCCAGUUUGUCGUUUCUCAUUCAUCCACCUUUUUUUCAUCUUUUCAUCAUCCAUCCAUUCAAGCCCAAAUCUCUCUUGACAAACAUCUCACACACACCUUCUGAGAUGCAGUGUGAUCGAAAUGGCCAAAAGACGAGGCCAAAGCUUUUCCCACCCUAUCAGCAGCGUCUGAUGCACUGUAUCCACGGCAACCAGUUGUUGCAACAGCUAGGAGCACACGCUGCAGGGCUCUCAAAGUUUUUGUAGUGCAAAAGUAAAUGUUUAUUUUCUUGAUAUCAAUGUUAAAUAUUUUGUGGAUAAAUAUAUAUUAUGUACCUUUUGUCAAAACAGUCGUACAGCCACACUAUUUGUAUGUUGUUGAACCAUUAUUGCCUUAAGAAAACGUGUGUCCAACAUCCAGAUUAUUGAGCUAUAUUUUUAUUGUGAUGACAAUGGACCAAGCAUGGGAACAUGGCGACUUUAAAUAUAUUAGCAAAUGUUAAUCUAACAAAGAGUAUGACUUUAUGACAGAAAAGGAAAAAAAGAUCAUUAUAGUUUUUAGUGGGAUGACCUGCAGGAUGCUCCGACAACCCAGAUCCCACCAAAGAUGCUAAAAAGUAAACAAAGUAAUUAGCAUUUAUUUAUAUGUUGAGGAAGGCAGGCUAAGACAUGAAAUAUAAAACCAACUGGGUAAAAUGUGUGGCAUUGAUUUUGUCCUUAGCAGGAGCUUCUGAACCUUUUUAUAAAUGAGCUCCUCGUUUGUGUUAUUACACCUUUGUACUCUAUUCUGUGAUUAACGUUUGUAGCUUUAUUGUCUCUGCUGACUAAAAGGACGUGAUUGCUUUCAAAA